AUGAUAGUCACUCCAACAAUGAGUUCCGAGAAAAAACUGAUGAACGCGGUCACCAGCAGAGUCACAGUAUUCUCAAGUGAUGAGCUGAACACUCACAAUCUAGUUGCAACUAUUACUAGUGCUAAUGGAGGUCAGGUGAAGGUGACCAGUGAUGUGGAUAUGGCUAUGAAGCUGGCCCUUGAGGCUGACGUUGACUACGACGAAAAGAAAGACAAGGCCCUGCGCUGGAAGAUUGAUCUAUUCCUGAUGCCUGCUCUUAUGAUUCUAGUCACAUCUUUUUACAUGGAUAAGUCUGCUCUCAGCACUUCUGCUAUUCUCGGUAUCCAACAGUUUCUGGAUAUGAAAGGUGAAAUGUAUUCGUGGACCACAUCUGCGUUUUACUUGGGUUACUUAGUCUUUGAAUUACCAGUCAGUUUUCUCUUGCAAAGAUUUCCUUUGGCCACAACGUUAUCCUGCUUUGUGAUUUUGUGGUCUAUGGUGCUCAUUCUUCAUGGGGCUGUCAAAUCGUACGCUGGUUUGAUGGUUCUUCGUGUGAUUUUGGGUAUGCUGGAGUCUUCUAUCAACCCAGGGUUGAUGCUGAUAACCAGUCAAUAUUACAAAGUUGAUGAACAAUUCCUGAGAACGUCAUUCUGGUUCUGUUGCAGUGGUAUUGCAACUAUUUUGAACAACUGCAUAUGA